UUCGUCUUCACAAUACACCUCCUGAAGAUGGCUCAUUCAUCGACUCAAUACUCUCCGGUGGACAAUUCGCCUAUCCAACAUGUCAAUGAGUCCGCGAAGUCCAUAGUUUGGUCUUAUCUGAGAAAAGCUGGAGAGUCAAACAGACACCGGCUCAGACCUCAAGCAACCAUCGCAAACGAUAAAUGAGAUCCCAUCAGCGCAUAAGAAGGCAUCGUUCAUAUGGUGGUUGAAGCAGGCAGCUGUAUUCUGCUAGUCGGUGGUCUAGUCGGGAUCAUCGCAACUACUUCUCGGACAAACGGCAAGCCUCUCUCCCAGUCGCCGCUGCAACUAUCGGUCAAUGCGUUGAUCGCUGCGUUCAGCGUGCUGAUCAAAGCCUCUUGCGCCUUUGUUCUGGCAGAGGGUAUCAGCCAUGUCAAGUGGACCUCGUUCCGAGAGCCGCAGUCUCUGCAUAGCUUUCAGGCUCACGAUCUUGCAAGCCGUGGCCCGUGGGGCGCGGCUAUUCUCCUUCGACAUGGUCUUGGUCGCAUUGUGGUCUCGCUUGGCGCCAUCGUCACAAUCGUCAUACUCUUCUUGGAACCCUUCUCACAGCAAAUUGUAUCACUAGUCGACUGUGAGCGCAUCUACACGGACAAAGUAGGAGCCAUCCCACAAAUCAACCUCUACAGACUUCAAUCAGGCUUCCAUGCAGAUCAGUCUUCCGUGGGAUCUCCGCAAUGCGGUGAACCAGGGCAUAUACGUGACGAACAAGCCGCAGUUGGAAUGGGAUUGUUCUACUGGAAACUGUAGCUGUUAACUCUUGCUCAGCUGCAACAAAGACUGUAACC